GUUUGGGCCUGUAAAUGGGUCUGACUGGACCGAUGAUCGGCUGCUGAAUUUGAAAGGAAUUGUUUUGAGAAGAUAUAAUGAUCCAACAUAGUUAGCACCUAUUGUCAAAGAAGGUUUGGCAUCUUUGCAAGGAACAGUAACUCAGAGAACCAUCGGAGCUAUAAUGGUUUCUGCUUGGAAUCUGUAUUAUAUUCCCGAGGGGAAAUAUGUUUUCCCCGAAAUUCUCGCAAACACAACCCCAGAUGAUGAAGAAUUCACCGCAUUACCUUUUAAAACCAAUCCUAAUAAUCCGGAUGGAGCAGCAGAGAUUCUAUGGCCUUUGACUGAUUCUGUAACCUGUUGUGUUGGAGCUUAUGUUUGUGCAUGUUUGCUUCGGCUUGCUACCAAACCCGCCAGCAACUUUCUCAAAUCUUGGGGGAACAUCAAGAAUCGGUAUUGGGAUUUCAACAAACAUCGUCUUGAGAUUCGGGGACUGAACCCCGUUGAAGAAAACCUUGAAACUGUUCGAAUAAGAUUCACCAACCCGUCGCCGUACCAGAAUACACUGACGAGGUUUGUUUACCAUUUCAAUGAGUUGAGAGGAAAUGUAAAAAGGUUGGCUAGAUUUGCAUUCGAGCAACAUCUUUCACUCGUUGGACUGCAUAGUUACAAUCUGUUUAGAAGAGUUGCUGAUAAGCUUGAAGCAAACCCGGAUGAACUCUCUGCAGUGUUGAAACUGCCAACGACUCGGACUGGGUUGGAGAUGAUAAACACCAUUUUACAGAAUUUUGAAGGUUCAGAUGAUGAGAAGCAGAGAAGGCAGACAUGGAGAUAUGCUCAUUUGUUCAAUCACCAAAUGUUUGCUCAUCUCCAGACUAAACACUGCACCGAACUCACUUCCAUUCUAGCUAUGAUUCUGAAGAAGAUGGAAGAGGAUCAAGAUGGCGGUUUUGGUGAUGUGUCUCAAAUAGUACAUCUUCAAAGAAUAGCGGAACCGCGUAGAGAUUACCAUCGGCGGGUUGCUUCUAGGGUAGUCCAGCAUUUUGCUUCGAAGACAUCGAGAACUGCUUAAGAAAGCUUCAGCUUCAAUGGAAGAACAAUUAAGUUCCCAAAGCUCAACACCAAGCAAGAAGAAUCUUCUGCAAGCACAUUCUUUUUAUGCCUGUCAAUGUAUUCUUCAUCAUCGUCGUGGGCCUAACAGUCAAUCAGACUGGACAAAUGAUCGUCUGC